UUCAGCUGUGUGUACAUUUUUUUUUGCGUCGAACGGUUUUGCGCGGUUUGUUCGUUUCUGUCUGGUUAUUUAUUUACUGCACCUAACAUGUUUUGUCCUGGCUUUGUUUUGUUUCCAUCUAACCAAAAUGUUUAAAAAUCGGAAAUCGGCGCUAGUGGCAAAAAAGCCGUCGGAAUUGUCGACGAUUCGCGAAACGGAAUCGGUGACUAGCAUUGGUGCGAGUGGGCAACCGGCGAAGCAACGACGAUUGAACGAGCCAACGGAGAAUGAAGACGAGAACGAUCCCUUCAUGAGCAGUCAGUUUUCCGUUCCAGCCAGUCAGAUGAAUAGUCAGCGCCGUUAUUUGUCCCAACGAAGUAAUCUGCAAAAGUCUCAAAGCGCGCGGACUUCUCGCCGCGUUCCGACCAAUUACUACGAAACAAUCCUGCUCAAAUGUGCCAUUGAUUUAGAUGACCCAGUAUCGGUGGUGCUGCGUUGUGAACCGCUGGCGUUUGUGCGCCAGCUGAGGACGAUGCUACGCAGUAGUCCGGAAUAUCCUAGAAACGUGAAGGACUUCGUUAAUGGUGUUGAACAAGCUAGUCGCAAUCGGGAUGCAUUUCGUAAGCUAUUGGAAUGCUGUCAGAUGCAGAAUCAAACCACACAAGAGGUGAAGCAGGUCCAAGAGAGCCUGAUGAAGUUGCUGCUAUGUGUAGAUUUUAUGCAGCUAGAGUUGAUAGGUUUACUGUUUGAUUAUGUAGAGCGAUCAGCAUCAGAAUCGACGGAUGGAGCCGGAUUAGCAGGUUUAGUGUUAUCGCAAAUCAAAUUUAUCGAUCACACGUCUCACGGAACGUUUGUAUUCAACCGAUACUUUGAAAUGCUUGAACGAACCGGCCGCAAUAAGCAGCUGUUGGAAGCGGCUAUAAUUUCGUUGGAAGAUGUAAUUGAUGUUACUAAACACGAUGUGGCAUUUCGUCGUAUAUUGGAUUUAUUUUCCCGAUCUGGCGACUUGUUUACGAUCUCGAAUGUAUCGGUGUUUUGCGAAAUGUGUUUGAGCAACAGCACUUUACGAAUAACGCGGCAAAAAAUCCUCGAUUACGUGGAGGGUGGUUGUAACGUUGAGAGUUACCCAACAUUGAUAAGAUUCCUACUAAAAUUUAACACCGUCGAAUUGGAUGGACUGCACGAUAAUAUUCAAUUGACUCGGCAAGUUAUUGAACGGUUGAUACUGCUGCACGAAAAUUCCGGGGUCAAUGACAGGUGUCUUACAGAAAUUUUCCAAUUCAUUCUUCAAGCGCUGACCGUGUCAUCGUUGUUGUACGAAUCAUGGAUUAAAUAUUGCCGUCUGUUGACUGAUGAGGAGUCGCAUAUGUCUUUAGAUUUACUGACUAUGCUAAUGAUGCUGACGGUGAAUGAGAUUCGAAGUGGCACAAUUCAAAAGAUGCUUAUCAACAAAAUAAGAAAAGGUCAUAUAACUAUUUCCCACAUGAAGGAUCUUACAGUGAAUUUUGGUUGCGUGCUCAAGACACAUCUCGAUGGAGCACUGGACUUUGUAGAGUCCUGCUUGAAGGAGAAGCAAAGUGAGGUGUGUGAAUUUGGCAUAAAGUCGAUGGGAUAUCUUUUCUCGGCGGACAGCAUGAACAACCGGAUGGUCUUAAACAAAUUGAUUGGGUUUAUGUGUGAAAUGGCAUUGAUUAACGGGGGCCGGCGAAACGAUCACAUGAUUGCCGUAUGUAUGGAUGCUUUGUCAACUAUUUACGAAAACUACCCGACGGAUAUUCGAAACAACGCUCAUGUGCUGCUAAAAAUAAUGGAUAUUUCAUUGGACUUGAAUCUGCAGCAAUAUCGAAUGGCCGUUGAGUUAAUUUGCGACGCUCUACGCAUUCCCGAUAGCCCGCUGGAAAGUAAUGAAACAUGGGAUGAUUUGAAUAUCGUCAUCAAGAAGCAAUUGUUGAGCGCAAAUAAGGAGGUCAAGAAAAAGGGUGUCGUUGGUGUUGUUUGUCUGAUUCAUCAUAUGUUGAAACAUUCGUCAACCAGUAAUGCAGAGUUGAAUUGCAGCUUCGACUCGGAAAAGACUAUUGAAACGGCUAGCGAAAUUCCAACCGCUGCUGGUCGUGAAAUAGGCAACAUGAUCAAUAUGAUGCUGACAUCGUCGAACGAAUCGCCGGAUAUUCUUGCCCUGUGCUACGACGAACUAGCUGAAAUGUUACAAGCUUUUGAACGAGACGUUGGUAAACCAGAGAAAGGAUUUUCCGUGUGGAUGUGCGACGUUCUAACAAAUGAUUUUCAGAACUACUUCAUCGCUGAAGAAAUUCCAUCCGGUGGUCCAGUCCAAUACGCAAAGAAGCUGUGCAUCAAUGAUACUGACGAUGUAGAGAACACAAACGCGGAAGCAUUUUCGAUAGCCGUCAAUAUUGCUGAGAAUAUGCUAACCUUCAACAGCCGAUAUUCGUCGAUGUGUUUCUUUUUGGCCAUGUUCAAAUUAAUGAGAACCCUUCAGGGGAUUCGAUAUGGUGGCAAUCUUGAAUCAAUCAAUGCACUUCUAGGAUGCGCUGUAAUUGUUCCAAUUUUCUACCAAGAAGCUGAUGAAAAAACCAUGAUUGAAACCUAUGAAGAAGAUGUUUGUCGGCAGCUAUUGGAUGCCUACUUCUAUAUAGCAAACUGGUUUCGCGAGUUAAUUAAUGCUUUUAUUACACAAAAAGACUCACAAAUGCACCGCAAAGUGCUACAAAGACUGACUGCUCUGGUCAGUCUGGAGCAACGUUUGGCGGCAUUGCUGCGACAUGUAGAUUUUGAUUACUACCCUCCUACAUGUGAUUUUUCCAUUAAAGUUCAACUGAAACCAUCAAAACAAGUUGCCAAAGAAUCAACUUCCAAGCCAAAUGUCACUCUUAAUGUUACUAAAACACAGCUUCCGUCUUCUGGGAAAUCUCGCGCAACAGACGACUCCUCCGAAUUUGACACGGAAAUCUCAUUAUUGCGGCAUCGUAAGGGCUUCAGACCAAUUGAAAGUAACAUAGUACAACUGUUCCGUGAAUCGCUGAUAUUGAGUCAAAAUCUACCACAUGCCAAAAUCGGAACUAACAUAGGUCUUUCUGAGUACCGCUUUUUACUCGAUACAGUCACAAGCGCUGUUGAAUCAAUGGUCACCGCAAGGGCAAAGUCAACAUGCAACUACCAAUUUAAAGAUCUUUUAAAAGUAGCUGAAUAUACCGCCAGCAAUUUCGUAAAAAUAAAAGCAAAACGACUUGAGUUGAAAUCUGCAACGGACCCAGUUCUUCAGUCUGAGUUAAAAGCUCUCAACUGUUGCUUCAACUGGUCUCUGCGAUUGUUCACCGCGAUUCUGCAGCUCGCAAAACUCCAACAUCAAGGCGACAUAAACUUCAUUAUACAGAAACUUCACAAAAUGAUUGAACUCACCAGCCCUAUGCUUCAGUCUGAUGAAGAUCAAAUCGAAGCUAUACUUACUGCCGAACUGAAUCACAGAAAUGCCUUCAAAGAUUUGUAUAGCGCGAGUUGUUUGUUUAAAUUUGGCCUUGCCCUAGCCAGCAUUUCUCCAUCGCCAAGUGUUUCUAGUACCAUUGCCACCUUUUGCCAGAAAUUUAUUUGCUCCAAUUUUCGGCCAAAAUCUGGAACCAGCAAUCAGCUGUGUUUGCUACUGCAGGGUCUUACAUCAACAGCAGAUUUUCCUAAAAUAAAACAACUUGGGCAGGCUCUCAACGACGAUUUAGUAGCCGCGAAAGAUGAUGAACGGCACUUCGCCGGUCUGCAACGGAGCCACUAUCCUGUACUUUUCAAAGAAUUAUCCAAAGCUUUCAUAAAAUGCGUCCAAAGUGGAAUUCGUUCCAACAGAACUACGGUACAGAAAUUCGUACUGUGGGAACAAACCUGCGAAAUUCUCAAGCACUUUUCGGAAACAGCAAAGCAAGCAGACAGUUCGAAAAUGUACGCAUGCUACAUGCGAUACUCUCACACUUGCUUAAAAUUAUUCCAACAGACCGGUCUUAAAGUACUGGAAGAUGUCCUUAAAGUCUCGGCCGAUAAAGUGAGCCAUUUGUUGAGUACCUUGCAGCACAGCACCCGCUAUCUACAUAACAUCUGCUGUCACUCGAAAAAUGUUAAGGACAACAGCCUGAUAGCGCAGAUACCGUUCAUCCGGGAAACAGUGGAAACGUUGAUUUAUAGUGUGAAGGCUCUACUAGCUGCUACUGGAUGUGCAUCGGUUUUCUGGAUGGGUAAUUUGAAAAACAAGGACCUGAAAGGUGAACUCGUCUUAUCCCAGGGUUCAGAGAUUGAGCUUGCAGAGGAAAGUGCUAGUUCAGAUAUCGGUGACUUUCUGAGUGACGAUGAGAGCGCUGAUGAUCCCCAGCUUGGAGUGCUGCGACGAACCGAAUCGAAAGAGAAAUCAUCACAAAGCAAGUGUUUUUGAGCAUUUUAUUUGAAAACGCUGUGCUUGUGGCUGCAUAUUUGAUUAUUUUUACUAUUUUAAAACUAACAUCAUAAAAGUUAUUUAAGUGAUAAUAAAUGCUGACUAUAUCAAGAAAA